AUGAACGAAAAUUUAGUAAUUACAUUGUUAUUAAUUAGUGGAAGUGUUCCAUCAAUUUGGGCACAAUGUAAUGAAGAAACAGCGAUACCUCCACUGAGAAGAGCAGUGUACGAUUUCUCUACAGAUCUCUUUACCAGAUCUGCGCAAGAGAAAGAAAAUCACUUCGUGAUAUCAACUCUGUCGAUAUGGGCAUUACUCUGCUGCACUUCACUAGGUGCUACAGACACAACUCUCAAUGAACUUCAGGAAGUACUAAGGCUACAUCCGCGUAGGUGCUUCAAUAAUAAUUAUCUAUCGAUAGUAAAAAAACUUGCUGCAAGCAAUGACAAUAAUGUUGAGGUCAUAAGAAGUUCCUUCAUAUAUGUCGAUGAUAAAUUUCCAAUUUUAAAAACCUUUGAAUCAAGAAUUAACAAAAAGGGCUUAAGUACUAUAAAAAGUAUGGCAUUUGAUAAUUCUGACGAAGCAGCACAAAAGAUAAAUGAAUACGUAAGUCAAGCAACUCGAAACACUAUAGAUGAAGUGGUGUCUCCAGGAGACAUUGAAAAUUCAGUUAUGAUUAUUAUAGAUUCAAUAUUUUUCAAUGGAAGCUGGCAAAAGUCUUUCGACUUUACGGCACCAAAAAUAAGUCCAUUUUACAAUGAAAGUGGUCUUCCGAUUGGUAAUGUAAAUAUUAUGUUCGCAUUAGGACAAUUCAGACAAAAGCUAUUUCAACAGAUUGAAGCAGAAGUCUUGGAACUUCCAUAUGGAAAAGAAUCUGAAAGCAGAUAUUCAAUGUUUGUCUUCUUACCCAUAGAAGAGGUACCCUUGUACCGUGUAAUCGAAAAUUUAAGUAAAGUCAGUCUUAGAGGUAUAACCGUCUCGUUGCAAAAACAGGAAAAGCAUACUGUUAUGGUUAAUUUGCCACGUUUUAAGAUAGAUUCCGAUCUUAGUAACUUGAAAGAAUUAUUAACUGACAUGGGAUUGAGGAGUAUGUUCGACAUCGCCCAGGCUAGAUUCUCAGACAUUUCUGAUAAAUAUAUCUAUGUGUCUAAUUUAAUCCAAAAAGCACAUAUUGAGGUAACUGAAAAGGGCGCGGUUUCUAGUGCGCCAACGGAGACUGAAUUUUGUAUCAGAUCUGGUGUAUUAGAUUGUAUGGAGUUCACUGUAAAUAAACCAUUCUUAUUUAUGAUAGUUGACAAAAAAUACGAUAUAUCACUCUUCGCUGGUGCUUAUUCGAAACCAUCUGUGUAU